AUGUUCGUCAGCGGUGCCGUUAGAAUGGAUCGUGGAGCUAAUUCCCAGAUUCUGUCUAUUGGCUUAGGAGCAGGUUAUAUUAACUCCUACCUCCACAGUUUGUAUUCCAAGAUGAAUAUCACGGUCGUAGAAAUAGAGUCAAAGAUGGUGAAAAUUGCUCAGAAAUGGUUCAAUCUAGUAUUGGACAACUUGCAUCGAGUAAUUGUCAUGGAUGGUAUCGAGUUUUUGAGAAAAGCUGCUAUGGAAGGUGCCGUCAUCAUGAAUUUAUUAAGCCUCGGCUUGCCAAAAACGGAGGCAGCCGAGCAGGUUUUACACAACUUUAAAAAGUUUUUUAAACACUGUGUUGUGAGAGAUGCUGAAGAUUCUCCUCCAAAUAUGGUGGCAACAUGCUCUCAAAAUGAGCGUCUAGGGAAUCUGAAAGAAGAAUACGAUAGAUUUCUAAAAAUUGCAUUUUAA